ACAUGCCAUUUGUGCAGCAAAAAAUUUCUCCUGGAUCCAUCGUUUGGAGAGAGCGAAGGACUCGUUCAACCCAAACAAACAAAGAAAAUACUAGAGGUUUUACAUUCUCCCCUAUCCAAUAGCAUCCGUCCAACUCCCCCCAUUGCCAUUAACUUCAUCUCCUUUCCGUUUACUUUCGCUUUACAAUUUCUAGAAAAAAACAAAACAAAAGAACAAAAAGAAACGACCAACACUAUAAAAAAAGAAACAACAGUCACUUCCUACUUUUCCUAAUUUCGUAUUCUCAAUAGUAACGCAUUUUGCUUUGAUUUUCUCCAACGAAGAAGGAAACAAAAAUGGUGUUCAAGGUGUCGAAAGUGCCAACGACGCCGUUCGAUGGCCAGAAGCCUGGAACUUCUGGCCUCCGUAAGAAGGUGAAAGUUUAUAUUCAACCUCAUUAUUUGCAAAAUUUUGUUCAGUCGACAUUCAAUGCCCUUGCACCGGAGAAAGUUAGAGGUGCCACACUUGUUGUUUCUGGUGAUGGUCGUUAUUUCUCAAAGGAUGCUAUUCAGAUAAUAAUUAAGAUGGCAGCGGCAAAUGGAGUAAGGCGUGUAUGGGUUGGUCAGAAUGGAUUGCUUUCAACUCCAGCUGUAUCAGCUGUAAUUCGUGAAAGGGUUGGUGCGGAUGGAUCCAAAGCAACUGGUGCCUUUAUUUUGACAGCUAGUCACAAUCCUGGUGGCCCUCAUGAGGAUUUUGGAAUUAAAUACAACAUGGAAAAUGGUGGAUCUGCUCCAGAGGCUAUCACUGAUAUGAUCUUUGAGAAUACAAAAACAAUAACAGAAUACUUGAUUGCUGAAGAUCUACCAAAUGUAGACAUUAGUGCAAUUGGUGUUACCAGCUUUGGGGGGCCUGAGGGACAGUUUGAUGUGGAGGUUUUUGAUUCAGCAAGUGACUAUGUGAAAUUGAUGAAGUCAAUUUUUGACUUCGAGCUUAUCCGCAAACUGCUUUCAUCUCCAAAGUUUACAUUCUGCUAUGAUGCACUGCAUGGAGUUGCUGGAGCUUAUGCAAAUCGCAUCUUUGUGGAAGAGCUUGGGGCACAAGAAAGCUCACUGUUGAACUGCGUACCCAAGGAGGACUUUGGAGGAGGUCAUCCUGAUCCCAAUCUGACAUAUGCAAAGGAGUUGGUUGCCCGCAUGGGAUUGGGAAAAUCAAACUCUGAAGUUGAACCGCCAGAGUUUGGUGCUGCUGCUGAUGGUGAUGCUGAUCGUAACAUGAUCCUGGGCAAAAGGUUCUUUGUCACUCCAUCAGAUUCAGUUGCCAUCAUUGCUGCUAAUGCUGUUGAUGCAAUUCCUUACUUUUCUUCUGGUUUAAAGGGAGUUGCCAGGAGUAUGCCCACCUCAGCUGCCCUUGAUGUUGUUGCUAAGCACUUGAAACUGAAAUUUUUUGAGGUACCCACCGGCUGGAAAUUUUUUUGCAAUUUAAUGGAUGAUGGACUAUGUUCUAUUUGUGGAGAAGAAAGUUUUGGAACUGGCUCUGACCAUAUACGUGAGAAAGAUGGAAUCUGGGCUGUUUUGGCCUGGCUUUCAAUACUUGCAUAUAAAAAUAAGGAAAAUCUCAAUGGGGAUAAGCUUGUGACUGUUGAGGAUAUAGUUCGUAAGCAUUGGGCUACCUAUGGCCGACACUAUUAUACUCGAUAUGACUAUGAGAAUGUGGACGCUGGUGCAGCAAAGGAUUUAAUGGCAUAUCUGAUCAAAUUGCAGUCAUCCCUUAAUGAAAUUAAUACUAUCGUGAAGGGGGUUCGAUCAGAUGUGUCAAAUGUUAUUAAUGCAGACGAAUUUGAAUACAAGGAUCCUGUUGAUGGUUCUGUUUCAAAGCAUCAGGGUAUUCGGUUUUUGUUCGAGGAUGGAUCACGAUUGGUUUUCCGUCUCUCAGGAACUGGUUCAGAAGGAGCAACUAUCCGUCUCUACAUUGAGCAGUUUGAAAAGGAUCCAUCAAAAACUGGAAGAGAUUCCCAAGAAGCUCUUGCUCCUCUUGUGGAGGUUGCGCUAAAACUUUCUAAGAUGCAGGAGUUCACUGGUCGAUCUGCACCUACUGUUAUCACAUAGAUUCAUACAGAGCUACAAUUUCAGGUUUGUCUGGUCAGGCGAAGAACUAUUUGGAGGAAAGGAAACAUAAAUACAAUGUUCAAGACCCUGGUCAGAUAACCUACAUAUAUAUUUGUCAUUCUGCAUCUUACCAUAUGAGACUAUCAUAAAUGACAAAUAAUGCUUGCUUGUCAAAAUUUUGACAGGAUUCAUAAAAUAAUUUGAAUGUUCUUCAACUACUUGGCAUUGAUGCCCUACUUAUACUACUAUCUUGUCGCUGAUUUCUUUUUUUGUUAAAUUGUUUCCAAAA